UUUAGCAGACUACACUUAUUCAUAUCUUUUCACUUUGAAAAUGUCAACAACUCUGUAUUUAAUCGGUGGUCAUGGAGGUCAUGAGUUUUCCUUCACUGGUGAGAGUAAUGGUGCUAGUUUAGAGAAGAUCUGGGUUUGGGUUGGAGGAUCACAGGUGAAGGCGGUCAGGGCCUGGCUUACAGACGGAAGAGAAGAAACAUUUGGUGAUCCGUCUGGGUCAUAUGAAGAGUAUGUGUUUCAGCCCGGUGAACUCAUCACAUCAUUGUCUCUGUGGGGAAAUGGCAUAGGAACGCGUCUCGGAGCCAUCAAAUUUGAAACCAAUCGUGGAGGAAAAUUCUUUGUGAAAAUGACAAGCUGGGGAUUGAAGACAGAAUAUCCUAUUAAUGUCGGCUCUGGAUUUUGUCUGGGCAUUGUGGGAAGAUGCGGAUUGGACAUCGACCAGAUGGGUUUUUUGUUUCUCAAAAAAAUACAAUCAGUAGUUCUCACCAAUGUCAAGUAUCCCACUCUUUCCCAGAUGACACCGUAUGUCGCACUGGAAGAAAUCAAAUCUAGUACCUAUAAGAAUGAAACCUCCGUCAAUCAAGAGCAAACCAUUGAAAGCUCAAAGAAAAUAACUAAAUCAUUCUCGUGGUCUACAAAAGAAAGCAUUACCAGAGCAUUCUCUAUGGAGGUGAGGGCCGGGGUUCCCGGGAUUGUAGAAGUUUCUGCUGGAUUCAGUUUUACAGUAGGAACAGAAAACACUUACAGUAGUAAACAGAAAGAUGAAAGAACCCAAACGGAAUCGUUUAAAAUAGAUGUGCCACCGAAGAAGAAAGUAGAUGUCCAUAUUACCAUAGGCAGGUGUAGUUUUGAUCUUCCUUACACUGGUACCAUAAGGGUCAUGACUGAAGAUGGUACCAUGUUAACAUAUGAAACCAGAGGACAAUUCGAAGGAAUAACAUACACUAAAAUAAAAAUAAACACCAAAGAAUCUGAUCUGUGAUAUGAAGACUACAUACAGAAAUUAUUUUUUUCAUUUGGUUCAUUUUUUCAGUUUGAUUUGAUGUUUGAAUGUUUUCAAGUUCAAAUUUAACAGGCUAUGUUAAUUUAACUUUUGCUAAAAUGCUUUAGAUUAAAUUAUAAAAAAAUUGUCUGCACAUCUGUCAUCUUUUGCUUUAUUUCAUUAUGCAAAAAAAAAAAACAUGUAAAUCAAAUGUGUUUGAUGAAAAUUCACUUUACUGUUAAUGAGUUGUGUAUUAUGAAAACCUAACAUGAAUAAAGUUUUUUA